GGCGCGGUGGGGCGCGGAGGGCAGAGCGCGGGGAGCUGCGGGGGCAGAGGGUUCUGCUGGUGCUGCGGCCCGUGCGGAGGGUCAUCAUCUUGAAUCUAUCAGGAAGCAAGAACUCUGAAAUCAUGGCAGGGAAACCCAAGCUGCACUACAACAACGGAAGGGGGAGGAUGGAGUCGAUCCGAUGGCUGUUAGCAGCAGCUGGAGUUGAGUUUGAGGAACAAUUCAUAGAAACGAAGGAAGACUUAGAAAAAUUAUGCAAUGAUGGAGUCCUGAUGUUCCAGCAAGUGCCCAUGGUAGAGAUUGAUGGGAUGAAGAUGGUGCAGACUAAAGCCAUCCUGAGCUACAUAGCAGCCAAGUACAACCUCUAUGGAAAAGACCUGAAGGAGAGAGCCUGGAUUGAUAUGUAUGUGGAGGGAACAACAGACUUAAUGAGAAUGAUGAUUAACCUCCCUUUUCACCCAGCUGACACAAAAGAAGAGAAUCUUGCCUUAAUCAUUGAACGAGCUACAAAUAGGUACUUUCCUGUUUAUGAAAAGGCCUUAAAAGACCAUGGGCAUGAUUAUCUUGUUGGCGACAAAUUAAGUUGGGCAGACAUCCAUCUGCUGGAAGCCAUUUUAAUGGCAGAAGAAUGUAAGCCUGAUAUACUGUCUGCAUUCCCUCUGCUGCAGGCUUUUAAAGGAAGAACAAGCAACAUUCCAACAAUAAAAAAAUUCUUGCAGCCUGGCAGCCAGAGGAAGCCACGAACAAAUGAGAAGACUGUUGCUAUUGUGAGGAAAAUAUACAAUUUCUAAUCAUGUGGCUGCUGAAGAUAACACAACUGUAGUAUAGUACCAGAACUGUGCCUUGUAAGUGUAACCUGCAUAGAUCUUCUAUAGCUUGACUAAUAUAAACUGUCACAUGGCAAUCCUUGAAACAGAAUAUACUUUUAAAUUAGAGUAAAAGGCUCAUUUGGACCUGUUGAGUCCAGAAAGUUUCAUGGAGCAGCUGUAUGAAAUAAAAUAUGCUGAUACUUUG